CGAGGGCGGAGGAGGCGCGCGUUCAAUCCCGCUUCUGAGCCAGGCUGCAAAAGCGCUCGGUGGAGGGGAUCGGGGUGGAGGAGAUCCCCUGCGAUCUGGAAGGGAAAAAAGGAAGGCAGCUGAGGGGGAGGGAGAGAGAGAAAGAGAGAGGUGGGAGGGAGGCAGGGAGGCAAGAGCCGAUCCGAAAGUAACUUUUGCAAGGCGAGGCAUGGCAGCUGCGGGUAGCCGGGCGUGGACGCCUCUCUGCGGCCGGGCUUUGAGGUAGGAGGAAUAGCAGGCUCCAGCGGACAAGCCCGGUCUCCUCCCCAUCCUUUCAGCUCGAGGGGAAGGGAAAGGGCGCGCAGGAUCGGGCGCAGAGUUGAGGAUCUGCUCCCCCUCCCCAGCUUUGCCCCCCCCUUCCCGGGGUGUAUGUGGGUCUGAGCGUCCCACCUCCCGGGGAGAGAUCGUCUUUGCCGCCCCGGUCCGCUUGCCCGAAGGGAUUCGGGAUUUGUCGGCGCGGGAGCCGAGGAGGAGGAGAAGAAGCAGAAGCAGCAGCAGCAGCGCCCGCGGAACGGCCCGCCACCAGCUGCGUGGCCGGGAUGGAGAACGCGCACAGCUUGACGGCCGACGAGGUGCUGCGGCGGUUCGAGGUGCGGGAAAGCUGCGGGCUGAGCGCCGAGCAGGUGCGGCGGAACCGGGAGAGAUACGGCCCCAACGAACUUCCGGCCGAAGAAGGAAAAUCGCUCCUAGAACUGAUAUUAGAACAGUUCGAAGACCUCCUCGUACGGAUUCUCCUUCUGGCCGCCUUCGUUUCUUUUAUUCUGGCUUGGUUUGAGGAAGGUGAAGAAACUACAACAGCUUUCGUGGAGCCCGUUGUGAUCAUCAUGAUCCUUAUUGCCAAUGCAGUCGUGGGCGUCUGGCAGGAGAGGAACGCAGAAAGUGCCAUCGAAGCUCUAAAGGAAUAUGAACCGGAAAUGGGGAAGGUGAUCCGGGCGGACAGGAGCGGGGUCCAACGGAUCCGUGCACGAGACAUCGUCCCAGGAGAUAUUGUAGAGGUAGCGGUUGGUGACAAAGUUCCUGCCGACAUCCGGAUCAUUGAGAUUAAGUCCACGACUUUAAGAGUAGACCAGUCCAUUCUCACCGGCGAAUCGGUCUCUGUCAUUAAGCACACGGAUCCUAUUCCGGACCCCAGGGCUGUCAACCAGGAUAAAAAGAACAUGCUUUUUUCAGGGACCAACAUUGCUGCUGGCAAAGCCGUGGGCGUGGUCAUAGCCACGGGGGUGUACACGGAGAUCGGGAAGAUCCGGAACCAGAUGGUGGCCACCGAACCCGAGAAAACCCCCUUGCAGCAAAAACUGGACGAAUUCAGCCAGCAGCUCUCGAAAGUGAUCUCCCUCGUGUGCGUGGCCGUCUGGGUCAUCAACAUCAGCCAUUUUAGUGACCCGGUGCACGGAGGGUCGUGGUUCCGCGGCGCCAUCUAUUACUUCAAGAUUGCAGUGGCUUUGGCAGUGGCCGCCAUCCCCGAGGGGCUCCCGGCGGUCAUCACCACGUGCCUCGCCCUGGGGACUCGCCGGAUGGCCAAGAAGAACGCCAUCGUGAGAAGCCUCCCGUCGGUGGAGACGCUAGGGUGCACCUCCGUUAUUUGCUCCGAUAAGACCGGCACGCUGACGACCAAUCAGAUGUCGGUCUACAGGAUGUUCAUUGUUGAAAAGAUUGAGGGGAUCCACUGCAGCUUGCAUGAGUUCACCAUCACUGGGUCAACAUACACGCCAGAGGGGCAAAUUUUGAAGAACGACGUGCCUGUCCAGUGCGGCAAGUUUGACGGCUUGGUGGAGCUGGCCACGAUCUGCGCCCUCUGCAACGAUUCCUCGCUCGAUUACAACGAGUCCAAGAAAGUCUACGAAAAGGUGGGCGAAGCCACGGAAACAGCCUUGACGUGCCUGGUGGAGAAAAUGAAUGUUUUCAAUACGGAUACCAGUAACCUCUCCAAAGUCGAGAGGGCGAACGUGUGCAAUAAUGUGAUCAAACAGCUGAUGAAAAAGGAAUGCACCCUGGAAUUCUCUCGUGACCGCAAGUCCAUGUCGGUUUACUGCACCCCUGUGGCUUCCGGCCACAAUUCCUCCAGCAGCAAGCUUUUUGUCAAGGGUGCGCCAGAAAGCGUCAUAGAGCGCUGCAACUACAUUCGUGUUGGCAGCACCCGAGUCCCCCUGACUCUGUCCACCAAGGAGAAGAUCCUUUCCAAAAUCCGGGAGUGGGGCACCGGAAUCGAUACACUGCGCUGCCUGGCGUUGGCCACCAGGGACCACCCGCCCCGGAAAGAAGACAUGCGUUUGGACGACUCCACCCAGUUCAUUAACUAUGAGACUAACCUCACCUUUGUCGGCUGCGUUGGGAUGUUAGACCCUCCCCGGAAGGAAGUGAUGUGCUCCAUCGACAUGUGCAAGAAAGCCGGCAUCCGCGUCAUCAUGAUCACCGGAGACAACAAGGGGACGGCAGUGGCGAUCUGCCGGAGGAUUGGCAUCUUUUCAGAAAGCCAAGACGUCACAAGCAAGGCCUACACGGGCCGGGAAUUUGACGAGCUCUCGCCAGAGGCCCAAAGCGAUGCCUGCCGCUCAGCCCGCUGCUUCGCUCGAGUGGAGCCUGCCCAUAAGUCCAAGAUCGUUGAAUACCUGCAGUCGUUCAAUGAGAUCACGGCUAUGACCGGCGAUGGGGUCAACGACGCCCCAGCGUUGAAGAAAGCCGAAAUUGGUAUUGCCAUGGGCUCUGGCACAGCCGUGGCCAAGUCAGCUGCCGAAAUGGUCUUGUCGGACGACAACUUCUCCACCAUUGUGGCUGCCGUAGAGGAGGGCCGGGCCAUCUACAACAAUAUGAAACAGUUCAUCCGCUACCUGAUCUCUUCCAACGUCGGAGAGGUGGUUUGUAUCUUCUUGACAGCCAUCUUGGGCCUUCCAGAAGCUUUGAUCCCAGUCCAGCUGCUUUGGGUGAAUCUGGUGACAGACGGACUGCCGGCGACAGCUCUCGGAUUCAAUCCCCCAGAUCUUGACAUCAUGGACAAGCUCCCGCGAAAUCCCAAAGAGCCCCUGAUAAGCGGCUGGCUCUUCUUCCGAUACCUUGCUAUUGGAGUGUAUGUCGGCUUUGCAACUGUAGGUGCAGCUACAUGGUGGUUUUUGUAUGACGCUGAAGGACCUCAAGUUACAUUCUACCAGCUGAGGAACUUCAUGAGAUGUACAGAGGACAAUCCCAUCUUUGAAGGCAUCGACUGUGAAAUUUUCGAAUCUCGUUAUCCAACCACCAUGGCGCUCUCGGUACUCGUAACCAUCGAGAUGUGCAAUGCACUGAACAGCGUGUCUGAAAACCAGUCUCUGCUCCGGAUGCCUCCCUGGUUGAACAUCUGGCUGCUGGGGGCCAUCAUCAUGUCCAUGGCCCUUCACUUCCUGAUUCUCUACGUGAAGCCAUUGCCCCUGAUUUUCCAGGUGACGCCGCUUAGCUGGCCUCAGUGGGUGAUGGUGCUGAAAAUCUCCUUGCCCGUGAUCUUGCUGGAUGAAGGCCUAAAGUAUUUCUCCCGCAACCAUUUAGACA